CUUGCUUUUCAUGUGAACUAUUUUUGCUGCCUGAAGUUAUGUCAGUAUGAACAAAGAAUCGUCGCGUAAGAUCAUUUUACGUGUGUGUCUGCUACCUCUGUUUCAUUCGUCUGUGUUUGACAGUUCCAGUCAUAUAUCAAAAGAAAUUUUAAUUUGAUGUUUGAUCGGUUCGGUUGGUUUCGUAAACUAAACACAUUUGAAUUGAGGACAUUUUUUUUGUUGAGGUUUUUUUACGUUUCUGAAAAACUGGUUUAAAAAAGCACACGAACACUCGAACAGAGUCAAGUGUAAUUUCUAUCUUUACGAAGUCCAUACGGUUUUAAUGCUACCUAGGGCACUGUCCCUUGAAAAAGUGUAGAAAGGCUUCUGAUUCUGUGGAGCUUGAGCUAGUUUGUUUGGUCAAAUUUUGCAACGGUUUAUUAUCUAAUAUUGGCGAGCCAGGAUUACUAUAAAGCAAAUGAUGGUGUAAUCUAACGUAUUUGCUUGCACUAUGGCAGUAAGGGUACAUGGGGUACAUAAAUUACCAAGCAACAAAGCUAAGAGUCAGUCAGCUAAUGAUCAAAAAAACUCUCUGACUGACCCUUCUUGGGAACUGAUAGAUCCCACACCAGAUGUCCAUGCCUUAUUUGAGGCAUUCAACCAGAGAUUUUUUAGUGGGCAAAUUGUAGCAGUUUCAGUACAAUGGGGAAGAUUCCUCAGUGAUGCAGGUCGUACUUUGUUUAGGGCCAAAGGAUGGAUGUGGGAAUGUCAGAUAUUUCUUAGUGCUCCUCUUUUAAAAUUGAGACCAAGGGCAGAUCUCAUUAAUACUUUGUUGCAUGAAAUGAUACAUGCUUUUCUCUUUGUGACAUUCAAUAACAAAGACAGAUCAGAUCAUGGACCAGAAUUUCACAAACAUAUGUAUAGGAUCAAUGCCGAUGCAGGUACCCACAUCACAGUGUACCAUGACUUCCAUGAUGAAGUGAACCACUAUCGGCAACACUGGUGGCGUUGUAAUGGUCCCUGUCAAAGGUGGAAACCCAGAUUUGGAAUGUUAUGCCGAGCAAUCAACAGAGCUCCAGGGCCUCAAGACAGAUGGUGGGGAGAGCAUGCAAGAGGUUGUGGGGGAACUUUCAUAAAGGUGAAAGAGCCUCCUAAACCAGAACCAAAACGAACGAAGUCAGAAUCAAAAUCAAAUCCAAAUUCUGCAGCAGCAGAUAUUAGGAAAUAUUUUCCCACAUCAAAAUCACCGCCAAAAGUGACUCCUACUUCUAGUAAAUCUAAAGCUUCUAAUACUCAUACUACUGCAAAGCUUAUAGAUAAUAACAUCCGUACUAUUAAAGAUGUUGAUACAGUGCCAAAGAUACCAAAGCCAGCUAAUGUAAUGCAAGGAGCAGGCAAAGUUUUGGGUGGUCGGAAAGUGGAUCCCAAGAAACUAAGGGACAAGUGGUUACAGAAAUUUGACCCUGAUUUUGGCAAACGCCGACAUAGUGAGAGCGAUGUACCUUCAAAAGUUACCAAAAAUCAUGUUGGACCUUUAAAGAAAACAAAACUGAAUGAUACAUCUUCCAAAGUGCCAAAAGUAAAUGAAAGAAAUAUUAGUCGUCAUUCGAAUGAUACUGAAUUCCAUAACUUAAAUCAUGCAGCCAGAAAACCACUUUCAGAUACUGCUCAAAAUAUAGUCCCAGUUGGCACUCAGUGCCCUGCUUGUCAAAAAAUGAUUUCAACUGAAAGGCUCAAUGAACAUCUUGACGAAUGUCUCACUAAAGAGCAUUACAGACAAUGCAUUGUUUGUGAAGAAAUCGUAUCCUUAUGUUAUUUUGAAAGCCAUGUUGCUAAAUGCGUGGAUACACUUGAUGUCAAGUGGUGUGGCUCAUGUGAACAGUCAGUUCCUGAAGAUCAGUAUGAAGAACAUGUAGAGCAGUGCCUCACUGCGUUGUUGGACGACCUUGAUGCAAAGUACAAAGACAAUGAGAUGACUGAAUGCGUGGCUUGUGGAAAGCAGAUUUCGAGGAGUGAAUUGGAUGAACAUCUGGAAGAUUGUAAUGGCAUGAGUAAGAUUUUUGAAGUUCCUGAACCAGAGGAGGGUGAUAGUGGCAGCUCUAGUGAUAAAUCUAUAUGUCCUAUUUGUAUAAAAGUCAUUUCACAAGAUUUGAUAAAUGACCAUGUUGAUAAAUGUUUGGAUAGCAGUGAAGAUUUGAGCCACAAAUAGAUUUUAUAUUACAUGAUGCAUUUAUUAGCAACGAUAGUUUGUUUUUUGUAUAAAAAAAUAUUCUACAUUCUAUAAUAUAAUUAUGGUUUAAUAUUCGAUCGAAGGAUUCGAACGUUUAGCAUGCUGUUAAGUUGACAUUCAUUAUCACUUCAAACAGCUUGACACCCAUUACUGCAUUUUGCAUGUGCCACCAUCCACGAUGGCAGACGAUUUAUAACUUUCUAGAUAUUUGACAUGAUACAACAUUCGUUAAUAGGAAGUUUAACAUGGCGGACAUGAUGCACAGUCAUGGUACUGUAUUAUUAUUACUGGGAGUGAAAAUCAAGAAACCAAUCUGUACCAGUUCUACGAUAUGAA